AUGGUUUUGGGAUCCAAAUACCAGGGUUUUCUCCCAAACUGCUGGCAAAACUGCCUAUAGUUUUGCACCCAAUAUCUUCUCAUCUGCCACUAUCUUCACACAUUAUAUAAUAAGAUCCCUUUCCUUAUAUUGGGCACCAUCAAAAUUCCAAACCCAAAAUCUAUUUUCCAUCUUCCGAACUCUCAAAUUUCCAUUUGUUUCAUUUCCAAUUUAGAGCAAGAAAGAAGUAUGAGUGCAACAAGUAAAGCUUCUUGGAUGGUGGCAGCAAGUAUUGGUGCAGUUGAGGCUUUGAAAGACCAAGGUGUUUGCAGAUGGAACUAUCCUCUAAGGUCACUUCACCAGCAUGCGAAGAACAAUAUCAGAUCAUACUAUCAAGCCAAGAAACUCUCAGUUCAGUCUUCCUCGGCUAUAUCUAGUAAAGUGAACAACGAGAAGCUAAAGCAGAGUGAAGAGUCUUUGAGAAGAGUCAUGUAUUUGAGUUGUUGGGGUCCUAACUGAUCCCCCCUACACUUCUUGUAAAUAUAUGACCAAGUUUUGAAUCAAUAUAAAUUGCUUCAUCCCAAAUUUUUGUCUGUUAUCCUUAUCCCUACCAAUUUCAUUUUACUAAUGGUCGAUUUAGGACAGCAGUCGGAGCUUAGUAUUCAACUUUUAUAGUUAUUUUUGCCAAGAAUUGUUAAUAUUUGUAUAUUUGUGA